AACAUAUGAACGGCAUUUCAGAUGAAGUAUCAUUAAUCCCUGUGGAACACGACACCUCUGAUAGACACCUCUCCUCAGUUUACCAACAGCAUGGAGCUUUCCAUCCUCAGAAGAAGGAGGAACCUGAAGAUGAAGAUGAUCUCAGAUUGAACAAGGAUUUCUGCUGCUCCUCGAGUCCACGUUCCUGUACAACCCAAAAUCAUCUCCACAAUCACAUCAAGACCCCCCACAGUGUCAAAUAUGAGACCCUGGUGAAGAUUAAGACUGAACAUGAGGAUCUGACGCCCACCAGAAGCUCCAGUGAUCAGCAGACGUCCUCUGGUGCUGUCAGCAUUAACAGCUCUCUCACCAGAGAACAGAACAGAAGGAACGUCUGCUCACAGUGUGGGAAGAGCUUUAGUUCUCCGAGUAAUCUUAAAAAACACCAGCGCAUUCACACUGGAGAGAAACCGUAUCAGUGCUCACAGUGUGGGAAGAGCUUUAGUUCUCCAGGUGCUCUCAAGAUACACCAGCGCAUUCACACUGGGGAGAAACCGUAUCAGUGCUCACAGUGUGGGAGGAGCUUUAAUCAACAGGGUGCUUUGAAAAGACAUCAGCGCAUUCACACCGGAGAGAAACCGUAUCAGUGCUCACAGUGUGAAAAGAGCUUUAAUCGUCAGAGUGAGCUUAAAGUCCACCGGCGCAUUCACACUGGCGAGAAACCGUAUGUGUGCUCACACUGUGGGAGGGGGUUUAAUCGACUGUGUUAUUUUAAAAGACACCAGCACAUUCACAAAGGAGAGAAACCAUAUCAGUGCUCACACUGUGGGAAGAGUUUUAAUCAGCACAGUAAUCUUAAAGAGCACCAGCGCAUUCACACUGGAAAGAAAUCGUAUCAGUUCUCACAGUGUGGGAAGAGGUUUAGUCAACAGAGUGCUCUAAAAAGAGACCCACGCAUUCACACUGGAGAGAAACCGUAUCAGUGCUCACAGUGUUGGAAGAGUUUUUAUCACCUGAUUUAUCUCAAAAUCCACCAGCGCAUUCACUGUGGAGCGAAACCGUAUCAGUGUUCACAGUGUGGGAAGAGUUUUAAUCAGCAGAGUGAUCUCAAAAGACACCAGCGCAUUCACACUGGAGAGAAACCGUAUCAGUGCUCACAGUGAGGGAAGAGUUUUAAUCAGCAGAGUGAUCUCAAAAGACACCAGCGCAUUCACACAUAAUAAAAACCUUAUCAGUGCUCACAGUGAGGGAAUUUUUGUCUAUAAAUUAGUCAGUGAUGUUACCAAGCUAGACAAAACAAAGUUUGUAGAAGUUUUUACUGGUCAUUCACUUCUAGAUCGACUUCAUGUCUGGUGACAAAGGUCAUCAUGGUGCGACAUGAAUUAAGUAGCAGCACUAUAAUAAUUUUUUGGUGUUUAAUGCCAUAAUGGUGGAACAAGGACGUGUUCUGUAAUGCCAUGUUUAGUAAUCAUACAUGUACGUUUUGUCUCUUAUUAUGAAUAAUUGAUGUAAUAUUGAUGUAUUUGAUGUAUGAUGUAGCACUAAGGUAAGUGAAUAAUAAAACAUUUACUUGAGAUUA